AUGCGCCGCGUCCUCCGGCUGCUCCUCGGCUGCUUCCUCACCGAGCUGUGCGCCCGCGUGUGCCGGGCGCAGGAGCGAGCGGGGCACGGGCAGCUGGCGCAGCUGGGCGGCGUGGUGGUGCUGGCGGGGGGCAACCGCUCCGGGGCCGCCUCCGGAGAGGUUGGCGAGGGCGUGGGGGUCUCGGACGCGCCCCCGACCCGGGCGCCCACGCCGGACUUCUGCCGGGGCUACUUCGAUGUCAUGGGCCAGUGGGACCCGCCGUUCAACUGCAGCUCGGGCGACUUCAUCUUCUGCUGCGGGACUUGUGGCUUCCGGUUCUGCUGCACGUUUAAGAAGCGACGACUGAACCAAAGCACCUGCACCAACUACGACACUCCGCUCUGGCUCAACACCGGCAAGCCCCCCGCGCGCAAGGACGACCCCCUACACGACCCCACCAAGGACAAGACCAACCUGAUCGUUUACAUCAUCUGCGGGGUGGUGGCCGUCAUGGUGCUGGUGGGCAUCUUCACCAAGCUGGGACUGGAGAAGGCGCACCGGCCCCAAAGGGAGCACAUGUCCAGGGCCCUUGCAGAUGUCAUGAGGCCACAGGGCCACUGCAACACCGACCACAUGGAGAGAGACCUCAACAUCGUGGUCCACGUCCAGCAUUAUGAGAACAUGGACACCAGAACCCCCAUAAAUAAUCUUCACACUACCCAGAUGAACAACGCAGUGCCCACCUCCCCUUUGCUCCAGCAGAUGGGCCAUCCACAUUCCUACCCGAGCCUGGGCCAGAUCUCCAACCCCUACGAACAGCAGCCGCCCGGCAAAGAGCUCAACAAGUACGCCUCCUUGAAGGCAGUCGGAAGUUCUGAGGGUGACUGGGCAGUGGCGACACUUAAGUCACCAAAAGCGGACAAGGUGAACGACGACUUCUACUCCAAGCGCCGGCACCUGGCCGAGCUGGCGGCCAAGGGGAACCUGCCCCUGCACCCCGUGAGAGCGGAGGACGAGCCGCGGGCCUUCAGUCCCGAGCACGGCCCCGCCAAGCAGAACGGGCAGGAGUCCCGCGCCAGCAAGCCCCCCCCGCACCCCCUGGCCUACAGCUCCGCCGCCAGCGUUAAGAGCUGGGACCCCAAGGAUCAGCCCCUCCGGCGGCAGGGUUACGGGAACAGGGGCAGGCUGGGCGCGGCCGAGUCGGGCUCCGGCGACCCCCUGGGGACUCGCCCCCAGCACUACCCACCCCCACAGCCAUACUUCAUCACCAACAGCAAAACAGAAGUGACGGUCUGAGCCGCCACCCCAGGGGACGUCCUGGACACCACACUCAGCCGCGAGAGGCAA